AUGUUUAGCAAUGAGGUCACUGCAUGUUUACCUGAUCGGCGCCUUUGUCGAUAUCAAGUAGCUUGUGUACUUGAUAAAAGAAGUCACACAUUCUAUUUAGUUAGCAGUGACUAUACAAAAAGUGUGCAAAAAGAGAAGGACAAUGUUCAAAAAAAAUCUACUUUCCCAUCCCAUCCUUGUGCAUCAACUUAUCAGCAAACAGGCGUGUGUUCCAACCAUAGAAAUUACUUGUCUAAGCGCACAAAUGGGAAGAAUUAA